CCCAGCUGCUCACACUGGCCUUUCACAGGUCUGCUGUGCAGUCUGAAGCCUGAAUGGACACUCUCAGCAGCAGCUCCUGCAUUUGCAUUUGAUGCAGACUUCUAGCAGACUUCAGCCGGCGGACCCAGUACCGCGGAGGACUCUGAAUUUAACCAAACUUUUUUUCUUUUUUUUUUUUUAAAUCUAUGCUUUCAGUAUUCAGAGAUGCGCACGAUCAACAAAAAAUCUUUUAUUAAGUGUUUGAGCUAAACGUGCAGUUUAUUUGUGGUUCAAAAUUUGUGUAUUUGUGUGUUUUUAAAGAGAAGAAUUAAAGUAGUGCAGACGGAACUACUUCUUCUGGCGGAGUGGCACAGAGUUCACGGCGCAACAGACUACCGGUGCACACAAUUCGCCGCUGAGCUCCAGACAGACGCACUGAGUCCGCUAAAACUGGAGGCUUUAACUCCGAGAUGUUUCUUUGAUAAACAACAACAACAACAACUCGUCUUCGGUUGAAUAUCACUCACAUUCUCUGCUGUUUGGACCGUGUUUUAGCAGCGACUACCCCCGUGUUUUCUUUCUUUUUUGUGUGCGUGUGUGUCCCGACCGACGGACUUGUCGACACUGGACGGACUUGAACUGAACUCAAGAUGUCAAUUUUGCCUUUCACUCCCCCCAUUGUCAAAAGACUUUUGGGCUGGAAGAAGGGAGAGCAGAACGGCCAGGAGGAGAAGUGGUGCGAAAAAGCCGUGAAAAGUCUGGUAAAGAAGCUGAAGAAGACGGGACAGCUGGAUGAACUAGAGAAAGCCAUCACCACCCAGAACAUCAACACAAAAUGCAUCACUAUCCCAAGGUCUCUGGAUGGCCGUCUGCAGGUUUCCCACAGAAAAGGUCUGCCCCACGUCAUCUACUGCCGCCUGUGGCGCUGGCCCGACCUGCAGUCCCACCAUGAGUUGCGAGCGGUGGAGCUGUGCGAGUACGCUUUCCACACGAAGAAGGAUGAAGUGUGCGUCAACCCGUACCACUACCAGAGAGUGGAGACGCCAGUGCUCCCACCAGUGCUGGUGCCCAGACACACAGAAAUCCCCAGUGAGUUCCCACCUCUGGAUGACUACAGCCAUUCAAUCCCUGAAAACACCAACUUCCCUGCUGGCAUCGAGCCCCAGAGCAACUACAUACCAGAAACGCCACCACCAGGCUACCUCAGCGAGGAUGGAGAGACCAGCGAUCACCAGAUGACCCACAGCAUGGACACGAGCUCCCCGAACUUGUCACCCAACCCUGUUUCACCAGCCCACAGUAAUUUAGACCUGCAGCCGGUGACGUACUGCGAGCCGGCCUUCUGGUGCUCUAUUUCAUAUUAUGAGCUGAACCAGCGGGUGGGAGAGACGUUCCACGCCUCGCAGCCCUCGCUGACGGUGGACGGCUUCACGGACCCCUCCAACUCGGAGCGGUUCUGCCUGGGCCUGCUGUCCAACGUCAACCGCAACGCAGCUGUGGAGUUAACACGCAGGCACAUCGGCCGCGGCGUGCGGCUGUAUUACAUCGGAGGAGAAGUGUUUGCCGAGUGUCUCAGCGACAGCGCAAUCUUUGUCCAGAGCCCCAACUGUAAUCAGCGUUACGGUUGGCACCCUGCCACGGUCUGCAAGAUCCCUCCAGGAUGUAAUCUGAAGAUCUUCAACAACCAGGAGUUUGCCGCCCUGCUGGCCCAGUCGGUCAACCAGGGCUUUGAGGCCGUCUACCAGCUCACCAGGAUGUGCACCAUCCGCAUGAGCUUCGUCAAAGGCUGGGGAGCCGAGUACAGGCGGCAGACGGUGACCAGCACCCCCUGCUGGAUCGAGCUGCACCUCAACGGGCCCCUGCAGUGGCUCGACAAGGUGCUCACGCAAAUGGGCUCCCCGAGCAUCCGCUGCUCCAGCGUCUCUUAAUGAAGCCCCCUCCGCCCGCCCCAUUUCCUGUGCACCACGACUCCUGUCAGUGACUAAAAACACACAGACUGCACGCAGACAAGAACGGCUACACGAGUACCGAAAGAUGACGAGCCACACCCCCCUCCUUCAUUCAUCUCUGUUUCGUUAUCCUUUCUCCCCCACCAGCUGACAGUAGCACUUUUUAUACACAUGUUGUUUGUGGCAAAAGGGGACACGUGCAUUAAUGCAGUAUCAUGUUAGUAGGAUAUCUCCAUGUUAUGUUGUUUUUUUUUUUUUUAGUUAAGAGAUUCUUUAUUUUCUGUCCUCUUUUGUUUAAAUUUCAUUUUUCUUGAUUUUUACAUUUCUUUUGUACAGACAGUUAAAGUGAACAGAUUUAAAAAAAAAAAAAAAGAAUUUAAUUUUCUAAGCAUUACUCUCAAAUGUGUAAAGAUCGUGUUGAAUACAAUUCUCCUUGUUUCUGUAUUUGGGCAUUUGAUAGGUUAUGAAGACUUUUUUUUUGCGAAUGUGACCCAGCGAGACGAAACGAGUCACACGGAGGAAAAUGGUCUCAGUUCAACCAUCCAGCUGUAAACACUGUGUGAAGGAGUAUACUGCACCGAUACAUGCCAUUCGCUUCAUACAGACCGUUUACACUUGCAAGGAAAAUAACACGUUCGAGCUUCAAAUAGAAACAAAAGACAAAACAAGGAAAUCCGUGAAACUGGAGAUUAAAUUCCCUCCUCCUCAUAGCUGAAACCAUACAUCGAUUUGAGCCAAAUUCUGCUAAAACGGUGCAUUUCAUCAAACGCCAUCAGGACGACGAUUGAUGAAAUCUACUUAAAGGAAAAAACUUAGCGUUAUAGUAAACCCUCUGAUUGUUAUGUGAACUUCAUCCUGCAUUAAUUUCAGGAAGCUUUUGCCAUUUUGCAAAAAUACUUUUGCAGCGUCGUUUUGUGUAGUACGUAGUAAGGAGCAAACAUUUACUCAGCACUUGACAUACUGUGGUAUUGUGUAAACGUUGUGAUGUGAGUCCUCUGCAGACAGCUCUGAAGGGUAAAGGGAGCAGGAAGAUGCCUCUGCUCUUGUUUAUGUUCUCAGCAGUUCACAUUGGUCUUAUAUUUAGCCAUACUGACUUUUUGCACACUCAGGUCUGUAAAUUAAAAAGAAAACAAACAGCUGAAUUGUGUACAGAAACAAGCGAGGCGGACAAAUGCGUGACUCUUGAGACUUUAAACUGUAUUUUACUACAAAUUAUUUUUUGUAGGGCAAUGAGGGGUUAAGUUUGUCCGCUCCAAAGUGUUUUUGCACGACAUGACAGAACAUACCGCUGGCAGGUCCGAGGAUAUUGACCUGUCUGUGAAGAUGAGGCAGGUUUAGUUCUCAAAGGGAAAUUCUUCGAUAAGUUAGAAGCUUGUAAAUAACAGCGACUUCUCAAAAUCUCCCCUGUCUUUAGGUCUAUGUACAUUUCGUACAUACACGCGACCAUUAACCUUUAUAACGUUGAUGGGUUUUGAACAAAAGCAAAGAUAAAAAAAAAAGUGAACAAAAAAGUCGAAUGAAUAAUAUUAAUAUAAUUAAUAAAGUGUAGCCACAGCUUUGAUCUUGUUUCCUUUAAACCACCUGCUGGGGUGGAGGUGGAUUUCCUUCUGGUUCUAUAACACUAGACAAAGACUCAGUGGGUGAGCAUCAACAAUGUUUUGAAUGUUUUUACAAGGACUUAUUUACUUUAACCCCGCUCUUUAUGUUAAUGCCAGCCCAGUGGUGCUAAUAUUUAACAUUUUAGGGAUUAAAGAAGAAACAGGAAAGCAAUGAGAUUGUACCGUUACCGCUGGUAGAUUGUGAUCUCUCUCUUAAAUGAUGUCGACUUUUAAACCUGCAACCUAUAGUGUGGGAUUGUUUCAGAAACAGUAGCAUCUACCGAUCUGAGACUAGCCAGCUCUUUGUAGAGCUUAGUGUCCCUGAACGCAGCAGUCCUGUUUCUGGUGGACUCUUUAACCACAUAGUCAAUGUAAUUACCCAGUAGGGAUUAUUUUAAAAUUGAAUUUGUAAUUUUUAUACACUCUGCAUUCAGUUAUAGUGCUUGUGUUUCUUUCCCCCUGUUUAAAUUGUUCACAGUAAUCGUUAUUAUUAGUUGUGAUUUAAGCUUCUGUGCUCUGAAUUGGUCUUUAUAGAUGUCUUGUAUAAAAUUAUACCCUGUAUUUUUCUCUGCCUAUAAAAAGCUGAUGUUACUGCUUUGUAUUUUUCGUGUAUUAUUGCUUAUCUAUGAAUAAAAUAUAUAUAUCUUGUUGUGA